AUAGGCAUGCUCCCAAUGCUCACGGCCUCAGAGCAUCUCCCAAUGGACACUCGCCCUACUGAGGAACCGGAGGAUCGCGAGGAGUUAUCCUCCGGGAGAAUCUGAUCCUUUUCCCUCCUGAAUACAUGUCUAAAAGUUGUCAGGCCCACUCUAUUUCAUCUUCUUCUCUCUCUCAUUCCGUGUCCAAGCGCAUCUCAUCCCGUGUCCAGACUACUUUAAAAAAAAAAAGAAUUGAGGGAGAGAUCAGAGAGAGAGGGAGAAUGGAGGGCGCGGCGCAGCUUGUGUCUAUGCUGGGGCAGCUGGUGGGCGAGGAGUACCGGAUACUCCGCAGCGUCGGCGGCCAGGUGGCGGAGCUGAGGGACGAGCUGGCCACCAUGAACGCCGUCCUCCGCAUGCAGUCCGACGCCGACGCCGGCUCCGUGGACCACUUCGUCCGGGAGUGGAUGAAGCAGGUCCGGGAGCUGGCCUACGAUGCCGAGGACUGCAUCCAUCUCUACAUCUUCCGCGUCCGGUGUCGACCCAACGACCGCUUCUUCGUCUGGUCCAGACGGCUGCUCACCACGCUCUUCUCUCGCCGCCGACUGGCUGAUGAGCUCCGGGACCUCCGCGCCCGUGCCGUCGUCAUCAGCGAGCGCCAUGCGCGGUACGGCCUCAGCCGAGAGGCGCUGUCCCGCUCCUCUUCUCUCGCCCCCGCGCCCAGAGCGACGAAGCACGCGCUCCGUGCUGCCAACGACCCUGACCAGUUCGUCGGCAUCAGCGAGCAAGCUAAGCUCUUGGCUGCCAAGGUCGAGAAGAUGGACGAUAACAAGGAGCGCAAGGUGUUCUCCGUAGUGGGUUUCGGGGGCCUCGGCAAGACUACGCUAGCCAUGGAGGUGUGCCGGCAGCUGGAGGCGAUGUUCGAUCGCCAGGCGCAAGUGUCCGUGUCCCAGACCUUCGGCAGGAAGGACCUUCAGGGCUUGCUCAAACGCGUGCUGCACCAGAUCGUCAAGGUGAAGCCCGACAAGGAGAAAGGCAUCAAGGAAGAGUACUCCCUCGCUCCCUGUGAUAUCGACAAAAUGGAUCUCGAUGGCCUCACUUCCACGAUCGAGGAGAAACUUAUGGACAAGAGGUACCUCAUCAUGAUCGACGAUGUAUGGAGCAUACCAGCCUGGGAAGUGAUCCAAUCCAAGUUUCCAAGAAACAACAAUGGGAGUAGAAUCAUAGUGACCACUCAGAUAGAAACUGUGGCUAAAACAUGCAGCCCUGGUAGUGAUUGCAUACAUCAGAUCGAGCCCCUUGAUGAAAAGGACUCCGAAAAGUUGUUCCUUAGUAGAGCAUUUGGGUUCAAGGAUGCCUCUUGCCCCAAGGAGCUCAAAGCUGAAAUGGGAAAAAUCUUAAAGAAAUGUGCUGGGCUGCCAAUGGCCAUUGUUAGCAUUGCCAGCCUUUUGGCGAGCUACCAAUCGCCGGACAGUAAAGAUAUAUGGGAAAGAAUUUUCAGAUCAAUUGGUUCUGAGAUGGAGAACAACCCUACCCUGGAGGGGAUGAGGCAGAUAGUCACACUCAGCUACAACCACCUACCUCAUCACCUCAAGCUCUGCAUGAUGUAUCUUAGUAUUUUCCCUGAAGAUUACGUGGUCUUCAAGGAUCGGCUCUUGCAUAGAUGGAUCGCUGAAGGACUGGUGGAAGAGAAGAGGGGUUUGACAUUGUUGGAGGUAGCAGAAGGCUACUACAAGGAUCUAAUGAGUAGGAACAUGAUUGAUCCAGCCCCGUUUGUAAGCAACUUUCGAGAUGGGGGGGUGGAGACGUGCAGGGUUCAUGACAUGAUACUAGAGGUCAUGGUGUCCAAAUCCUUGGAGGCAAACUUUGUUAGCCUGGUAGGUGGUCAAUAUGGAGGGAUGUCUUACGAUAAGAUUCGCCGCCUUUCGAUCCAUGGUGUAGAACAUGGAGCCAAGGAUUUAUCUACACCACACAAGAAAAUGGCAGCGAGACGACAUGGUAGGAGGGAUGUAAUGGAGGGGAUGAACUUGAAACACGUCCGAUCAUUCAGCAUGUUUGAGCUGGAAGGGCACAAGCUGCUUGAUCGACUAGACGAGUUCACUCUGCUAAGGGUACUUGAUCUGGAAGGCUGCAGUGGCCUAAGAAACAAGCAUCUUCGGGAUAUAUGCCGGAUGUACCUCCUAAAGUUUUUGAGCAUUAGGGGUACAGAUAUACGUAAGAUUCCUUCAAGUGUGGGUGAUCUAGAGCACUUGCAGAUGCUUGAUGCACGUGAUACGUACCUGCGGUAUCUACCGAAAACAGUGACAAAUCUAGAGAAGCUUGAGCGCCUGCUCUUCUCCACCAAGGACACGUGGUUGUCAAUGUGGCAGCCGCCAAGUGGAAUAUCACGGAUGAAGGCUCUGCGAGAAGUGAAUAGCAUAGUAAUCAGAGAUAACAUCCAGGUCGCCAAAGAGAUCGGUGAUCUAGAAGGACUGCAAGGGAUAGUUGUGCACGUCAACGGCGACUCAGAGAUUCGUGAGGAACUCCGUAAGCAUCUCGCCGCCUCCCUGUGUAGGACGAACGCCCUCCGGUGGCUCAAUGUUGGAGACACUAGAGUUUAUGGCGAUAAUAAUUUAGAUUAUUUGAUGGACCUCCGCUCGCCGCCGCAGCUCCUGCGAUACCUUCGGUUUGAUGGCGGGGUUUCUAGGUUGCCAGACUGGGUCGGGUCACUCUCAUAUCUUGUAGAGUUCUGCAUGUCCUAUGGACGCCUUAAGGGUGACCAACCAUUCGCUGUUUUGUGCAAGGCGCCCAACCUGAGGAUCAUCCGUCUGCAUGAACAUUUCUACAGCGGUGACAAACUGGUUGCACGAACUGCCCACAACUUCCCGGCACUCAAGGAGAUGAGAGUCAGCUGUCACAACGAAUUCCCGAGUGUUUUCAGUUUUCAGGAAGGAUCCAUGACAAAGCUCGAGACGCUGGAACUGAAUUUCUAUGACAACCAAAAGAGCAUUGAGGGCGUGGAGCACUUGAAGAAGCUUAAAGAGGUGCAGCUCAUUGGCUGGAAGAAUAACUCGGCAAUAAACCGUGCUCUCGAGCUCCUGAAGGAGGACAGUGAUAGGCGCUCCAAGGACAACAAUCAGUAUGUAGUUGGAGUGAAAUACUACGAUUGAUCACACUGCUCUGGUCUGGUUAAUUAUUAAGCUGGGUUUGGAGUUUCGCUGGAGUUGCUGCUGCCGGUGUGCUUCAAAACUGUCGGUGACGCCACCUGCUGCCGUGGCCUGUAUCUUUGCUUCUUUUCCCCGUAAAGCUGGACUCCUUGCUUUUCGCUACAGCUUUCUUGUAAUAAAACUAGACCGGGAUGUGGUCUAGUGUACUUCACUGUGCAGGCAACACGUUUAUUUUUACCUCGUGUAAGCUGAACUAGAAGGGGAGCGCGCGCUUGGCCGCGCUGUUUUUCUCCUCUUGUUUUUUCUUCUUAUUUAGCAUACGUAGUUGAUGGAUCUGAAGUAUUUAAAGAUUCAGGUCAGUGUCUAAA